AUGGACAACAUCGACGAGGAAUAUGACCGGCUUGUCGAACACCUUCACGACUGCGCGAAGAAGGCUGAGAGUUUUAAAACCACCAAGAGGCGUCUGUCUCUUGAAACUCUUGAGCUGAUACGCCAGCGUGGAGCAGCACGAGCCGCAGGGAACCAAGAACUCACGUCCGAGCUCGCAAGGCUUUGCCGAGAGGCGAUAAAGGAAGACCUUAAAGAGAGAAGAGCAGAAGUGCUGGCUGAGGCUGCAGAGCCGGGAAAAGCAUCCGCUAUGCCCGCCGAGACGUCGCCAGUCGCAAGACGAGGAUGA